CUGUGGUGGGGCAGGGGAAGGCGCUGGAGGGAGACGGGCAAGGGAGAGCAGGGCGCAGACAACUUCUCUGUUACCAGCAGCUCCGGGAACUGGGGUUUCCACCAAAUCGUCCGGUGAGCGGAGAGAAGACAGAAGGGAGGGAGAGAUAGAGAGUCGCGGUGUGAGGGAGAAGGAAGAGUGGAGGGGAGAGAGGGUGUGGGAGAGAGAAGUGGGGAAGCAAAGGAGAGCGGCAACUAGAGAGAGCAGGAGAGAGGGGCCAAGAGGGCAGCCGGAUAGAGGGAGACAGGGGGAGGGACAGAGUGGAAGAGAGGGGCAGGGUUGUAAGGAGAGGGGAGCAGGAGAGAGUGAGAGAGGAGAAGUGGGUGGAAACCGAGAGAAAUUCAGGGGAGGGGUGAGAUAGAGGAGAGGGAGAGGAAAGGUGAGAAACAGGAACUGUGACGUCCUUUGGAGGGAGGGGGAGAGAGGGGAGAGAGAGUGAGAGAAAAGGAUAGAGAGAGAGAAACAGGGAGAGCGAAAGGGGCGAGAGAGAUAGAGUCCGGUAGUGGAGCACGACUAUCCCAACAUGUUUUCCGAAGGCAAGAAGGAAGGGGCGAGCACAAAGUUUGGGAAACUCCACAUCCCGUUCGGACUGUGGAUCAAUUCCCCAAAGAAACAGCUGGUGAAAGCGGCCAGGAGGUGGCCCAGUGUGGGAUCGGUCAAGUCCACUUCGUCAGACACAGCCAGCCGGACCAGCGAGCCCCCGGAGAGCCGCCCCUCCGCCCCGCUGUCUGCACCUUCCCGCUCUCACCGCGUCUCCCAGUUCUUCGGCCGCUGGAGCAGUGAGAAGAGGCUGGUGUCCGGUGGGGAGGAGGAGCAGGGUGGGGGUGAAGACGGUCAGGAUGGUGAGGGGGGUGAACUGUCCACCCGCCCUGGGGCGCCUGGCCUCCUCAAGGUGUACGGGGAGGGGCUGAUGGCUGGCGCCAACUAUAAGGGUGUUUUAGCCAGCCGGGGGUCCAGUGCACGGAGCCUGGUGCGCGAGGCCCUUCUCCGCUAUGGCCUGCCAUCUGCCGACCCCAGCGACUACGUCCUGUGCGAGGCAGUGGGCCAGGGUCCCGGUGGGGAUACCGCUGGCGGUUGGAGGGAGGCAUGCCGGCGGCCAGUAGGUGCCCACGAGCGGCCGCUGCUGAUCCAGGAGCUAUGGAGGCCCCAACGGGGCUACGUCCGGCGGUUCGAGAUACGCCGCAGAGACGAGCUGGAGCGCGAGGAACGGGAGGAAGAGGAGCGGCGCAAGAGGGAAGAGGACGGCGGGAACGAGGGAAGCGUGGUCCAGUUCCGCCAGCCACGGCUUACCCGCUAUCGCGCCAUGUCAGGCCAGGCCCCAGCGCCAGGGGACAGGGGCAGCCUACGGCGCAGCAUCAGUGAGGCCAACCUCAGCGAACGGCGCCGGGUGCGUCGCAAGAACGUCAAGAGCAUGAUGGUGCUGGAGCGGGAGGGGCAGGCUGCGGGGCAGGAGGAGGAGGAGAUGGGGCCGGGGGCAGCAGAGACGCUGAAUGAGGCAGCUGCCCCUCUCAGCACAGAGGAACAUGUCCAGAGUCUGCUCCGGCCCCCAAGCCGCACCCCGUACUUUAUCCUUCUUCAGGGUUACACCGAGAAGCAGGACUUUCUCAUCUACCCGAUGCCCGGCAAGACCCACACCUUCGGCCGGGCUCCCCCGUCCCCCUCCUCCUCCUCCCUGUCUCCUCCACCCCCUGCUGCAGACACCCCCCUCACCUCCCCUGACCUCCUGCCCCUCCACUGCCGUGUGCGGCUGUCACCGGAACCCGGCCACCCAUCGUCAUCCCAACCCCGGGCCCGUGUCCGGCCCUACCAUGGAGCCCUGGUCACUCUCAAUGGUCUGCCUUUGUCCUCAGAGGCUCCGCUGCAGCCAGGCGACCUCCUGGGCCUUGGUCAGCACAUCCUGCUGAUGUACAAGGACCCAAGGCGGCCAGGAAUCCCCUCUCUCCCCGCCUGGCUGCCAGACCCGAGCCGGAGUAUGCCUGGCCUGCCGUCCCCAGCCUUCUCCUGCCACCUCUGUGGCCGCUCCCUCCGCGAUGACGCUGAAGCCCUCGCAACCUACCUUGGCAGCCGGGAGCCGGUGCUGAGGUACCAGUCCGACGACCCGGAGGAGGAGAAACUUCUGCUGGAGGAGAUUGUCAGCCGGGCCGUGUUUCUGUCCGAGGAGAAGCAGGAGGCGGAGGCGGGCGAGCCCAAGGAGGAGUUGGAGGCCUCAUUUCCUGAGCUGAACGGGUCCUACAGUCUGGCCCCGGCCUACCUCUUCGCCCUCUGCAUCCAGCACACAACCGACACCCUUGGACCCCGCGGGAUGCCUGGCCUCCUGCUCAGGAUUGCCGGCCUCAUCAAGAAGGUCACCUGGGAGAAGAUCAAAGAACUGGGAGAGAGGCAACCAGAGAGUCAGCCUCAGGACACACAGGAAGAUUCCGAGAAGGGGGCGGAGGCCAUGACCCCUGACUUGCGACCCCUGAUGUUCUGGAUGGCCAAUGCUGUGGAGCUCCUGAACUUUGCGCAGCGGAAGGCAGCCGAGGUGGAGGGAGAAGAGGAUUUCUGGGACGACCCAUCGGACUCUCAGGACCUGGAGUCGUGCGAGGAGGCCAUGUUGCUGCUGGACGAGGUCAUUAUGUACACAUUCCAACAGUGUGUGUACUAUAUCACUAAGGGCCUGUACUCGGUGCUGCCAGCGCUACUGGACACGAACCCAUUUGCAGGGGCCGCAGAGGGGGCACCGCAUGCCCCGGCAGGCGUGACCCGGGUGCUGUCGUUGUUUGGCCACACCCUGGCGCUCGCCCGGCGCUCCCUCCUGCACACAGAGCUCCGUGACCAGAUGUUUGGCUACCUCUUCUUCUUCUGCAACGCCUCUCUGCUCAACACCCUCAUGGAGAGAGGAGAGACUGGCCCGUUCUACCAGUGGACACGGGCUGUGCAGAUUCGGACCAACCUGGACCUGGUGCUGGACUGGCUGCAAGCGGCCGGGCUCGGGGAGACCGCUGGGCGCUACUUCCAAAAACUCUCAGCCACUGUCAACCUACUGUGUGUGCCCAAGACCAGCUUAUUACAGAUGAGCUGGGACUCACUCCGCCAAGACCAUUCAGCCCUGAGUUCAGCACAACUCCAUCACCUCCUCAACAACUACCAACUGGGGCCGUCCCGGACUAAGCCGCCGGCCUGGGAGCCCCCCAGCGCCGCUGUGGAGGAGCUGGAGAAAGGUGACAUCUUCGAAAGUUUUACCGACCACCCGCCCCUCAUCCUGCCAUCCUCGGGCUUUCGUCUGUCCCUCUCAGAGCCACUGCCCAGCGACGAUCUUCAUGGGCAACUCCAGCACCUCCGCACCUUCCUGUGGAAACGGGCCAAGGAGGCCCUCCCCGCCAACCAACGACCCCCCUUCUGAGGGGGCACCCCCCUCCUCCCUUGUCACCCCCGUAGCCAGUCUCCACUGAGCACCCCCAUCCCGCACGCUGUCUCCACCACCCCACGACACCCACCACACCAUGCCCUCUGCUGCAUCUUCCUGAUCCCGGCGAAGCAGGGGGAAGGAGAUCUGGAGCAACUCUGGAAAAUGUUGCCCCUCCCUGACUGAAUGAAAGGGAUCCCUUUCCCCACCCUGAUUGUUAAAAUGUGAGUUCUCCCUCCCACCAGGUCUGUGGGUUUUCCAUGGCAGAGGACCUCCUCUUCAUAGCCCAACUUAGGUAGUCUCUCACACUGCGUGUGUGUGUGUGUUUCUGUCUCUGUGUGUGAGUGUGUAUGUCCGUGUGUGUGUGCAUAUGUGUAUAUGAAUGAGUGUGUGUGUGAGAGGGAAUGUGUGUCUGUGUGUGUGAGUAAGUGUUGUGUUUGAGUGUGUGAGUAAGUGUGUGUUUGAGUGUGUGGUGUAUUUCUGUCUGUGUUUGUGACUGUGUGUGUGUGUAGCUGUGUGUGUUUGAAUGUGUGUGGUUGUGUUUCUGCCUGUGUGUGCAUAUAUGUAUGUGUGUGUGAGUGUGUGUUUGUGUGGGUGUGUGUCUGAGUGUGUGUGGGUGUGUGUUUGAGUGUGUGUGUGUGUGUGUGUGUGUUUGCGUGUAUUUGAGUGUUUUUGGGUAUCUGUGUGUUUGAGUGUGUGUGGGUGUCUGUGUGUCAGUGAGUGUGUGUGUGUGUGUGUGUGUGUCUGUGAGUGUGCUUCUGUGUGUGUGAAUGAGUGUGACUGUGUAUGUAUGUGUAUAUGAGUGAGUGUGUGAAUGUGUGUGUGUGAGUGUGUGUCUGUGUCGGAAUGUGAGACUGUGAGAUGUAUGUAUGUCUCUCACUCACUCACUCACACACACACUCACACUCUCUCUCUGCCCCCUGCCCCCUGCCCCCCGAGUUGAGACUCACCACCAGAGGCCCUUCCUCUCCACUCCCAAACCCCUCCAAUCGUACAGCCUUCCCCGGACACCCCUCCCCACCAGAACCUGGGGAGAGUCCGCAGUGUGUUCGUAUUCUGGCAAUGCCUCGUGAGUGAGUCUUUGUACCCCAGAACACGCCCCCUCCUCCUGGAGACACGAGACCUUGGCAGGACGCAGCAGAGCACGGGCUAGAAAUGCUGGCGCUGAGAGAGCAGCCGAGGAAGAAUGCCCGUGGGUUUGGAGAGACUCACAGAGAUGUAGACUGUGAAACGAUGGAUUAUAGAACAGCACAGGAACAGGCCCUUCAUUAAAUUAGUAACCAAAUGGUCGACUAAACUAAUCCCUUCUGCCUACUUAAGGUCCAUUUUCCUUCCAUUCACGUAACUGUCCAACAGUCUAUAAUGUGUUUGCCUCUAUCACCACCCCAGGCAGCUCCAUUACCUGUGUAAAACUUGCCCCACACAUCCCCUUUGAACUUACACCCCCCCCCACCUUAAAUGCAUGCCCUCUGGUAUUAGAUAUUUCCACCCUGGGGAGAAAAGAUACUGGCUGUCUUUAUGUAUAUUUAAGGCAGAAGUUGAUAUAUUCUUAACAAAGAGACAUGGAGAGGGAAUAUGGAUCAGCCUUAAUGAAAUGGCGGAGCAGACUCAAUGGGCAAAAAACCUAAUUCUGCUCCUGUAUCUUAUGGUCUACUCUUAUCUGUGCCUCUUGUUAUCUUAGAAACCUCUGUCAGGUCUCCCCUCAGCCUCUGUCACUCCAGAGAAAACAACCCAGGUUUGUCCAGCCUCUCCGUGUAGCUCACACCCUCUAAUCCGGGCAGCACCUGGUGAACCUCCUGCACCCCCCCCACCCCUCCUGUAACAGGGAGACCAGAACUCCACACAAUACUCCAAGUGGUUUGACCAGAGUUUUAUACAGCUGCAAUGUAACUUCCCUCUCUACUCUUUCCUUAUCGCCCUCUCUACUUGUGGGCUGUGGACUUGGACCCGAGAUGCCUCCUGUACAUCAACACUGUUAAGGGUCCGGCCAUUAACUCUGUCCUGUCCCUUUACGUUUCACCUCCCAAAGGGCAACACCUCAAACUCGUCUGGAGUGCAAUGAUACCAAACUCGUACCUUAUAAUAGGAAGAUUGAUUGCAAGUGAAGCAGCCUUCUCAUUAAAUUCACCAGUUUGCAUUCUCAAUAAAGGCUUAUGACAUGGAGUGGUCAAUGUCUUUCUGUCUCAAAAGCAUGAUGGAAGGGGGAGGGUAUGUGAGUGGUAUUUAAAUAGCUGAGGAGAGCUUGAGACUCCCACCCCC